AUGCUGUCAAACUCUUCACCAGUGGACAUAUUGUCAUUGUCAUCUCUGGAAGUUCAAUCUAAAUAUAUUUAUCCAUCAUUUAUAUUUGGAACUCUUCUUUAUCUGAUUAUUGUCUUUUUCAAUCUGCUGGUAUUGCUAACCAUCAUUGUGAGUAAAAAGCUCCACAAACCCAUGUUUAUUCUGCUGUUAAAUCUGCCCAUCAGUGACAUUGUGGGUGCAACGGCCCUUUUCCCUCACUUUCUUUUCAGCAUCAUCACUGAGAACAGACACAUUCCUACCAAGGCGUGCCUCACGCAGGCUCUUUUCAUUCAUAUCUACGGCACAGGAAACAUGAUGAUUCUGAGUGCGAUGGCGUUUGACAGAUAUGUGGCUAUAUGUCGUCCUUUAAACUAUCAUUCAAUACUGACAUCCAAGAAUUUAAUUACAAUUAUUUUUUUGGUAUGGUUUCUUAAUGUGUCAAUGAUAUUCUCCUUGUUCAUGCUAUUAACUCAAUACAAAAUUUGCAGGGCAGAUGUUGUGGAUUUGUUUUGUAACUAUCCCUCAGUGCUGAAGCUAGUAUGUGGUUAUUUGACUUGGCACAAUUAUUACGGGAUAUUUACUAAUAUAAUUAUAUUGGGAUGCCCAUUGAUGAUUAUAGUGUUCACCUAUAUACAGAUCUUGGUCACGUGUAUAAAGACAAAUAACCCAGAUGGCAGGAGAAAGGCCCUUCAAACAUGCUGUACACAUGUGCUUGUUUUUCUUGUGUUGCAGAUCAACACAAACGCUACAUACAUCCUUCAUCGAAGUCAAAGUCAACUAACACUUCUGAGAAAGGCCUUUGGAAUGUCUGUUGUCAUUUUUCCCCCCUUUUUGGACCCCUUAAUUUAUGGACUGAAUACCAGAGAAUUGAGACAAUGUAUAGUAAUGUUUCUGCGAAGAAAUGUGGGUUCUAUGAAGUAG